AUGCGCGCGGUGGUGCUGAGCGCCUUCGGGGGUCUCGGCAAAGUGCGCGUGAGCAGCAGGAGAGCGGUGCCCGUGCCGCGCCAAGGGGAGGUGAAGAUCCGAGUUAAAGCAUGCGGUUUGAACUUUUUAGAUCUCAUGGUAAGGCAAGGAAAUAUUGACAAUCCACCAAAAACGCCACUUGUCCCUGGGUUUGAAUGUUCUGGAAUAGUGGAGGCGAUGGGGCCUGACACAACCGGAUUUGAGAUCGGCGAGCGCGUGAUGGCCUUUGUGAAUUACGGUGCCUGGGCUGAGGUCGUGUGCGCCCCUCUGGACUUCGUCUAUCCCGUCCCGGAUGCCAUGACUUUCCCUGAGGCGGCUGCCUUUCUCGUGAGCUUCGUGGCUGCCUACAUGAUGCUCUUUGAGAUUGCCAACGUGCAGGAAGGGAUGACGGUGUUAGUGCACUCUGCAGGGGGCGCCGUGGGACAAGCCGUCGCUCAGCUCUGUUCCUCGGUGCCCCGUGUCACCGUUUUCGGAACCGCUUCACCCUCCAAGCACGAAGCCAUCAAAGACUCCGUGACUUUCCUUUUUGACAGGAACACUGACUACGUACAAGAGAUUAAAAAGAUCUCCCCAGAAGGCGUGGAUGUUGUCCUGGACUGCUUGUGUGGAGAGGACACAGGGAAAGGCCUGGCCUUACUGAAGCCCUUGGGAACCUACAUCCUCUAUGGCUCGGCGAACAUGGUGACAGGGGAAACAAGAAGCUUCUUCAGCCUCGCUAAAUCCUGGUGGCAGGUGGAGAAGGUGAACCCCAUGAAGCUGUACGAGGAGAAUAAAAUUAUAGCUGGAUUCUCGCUGCUGAACCUGCUGUUCAGACAAGGGCGGGCCGACCGGGUUCAAUCCGUGGUCCGGAAGCUCCUUUCUCUCUACAGAGAAAAGAAGAUCAGGCCUGUGGUGGACUCACUGUGGGCUUUGGAAGAGGUAAAAGAAGCCAUGCAGAGAAUCCACGACAGAGGCAACAUAGGGAAGCUCAUCUUGGAUGUAGAAAAGUCUCCCACUCCACUGAUGGCCAACGACAGCACAGAAACGAGCGAGGCGGGCGAGGAUGAGGAUGAGGACGAGCAGGACAUCGACAGUGACAGCAAGGAGCGAGUGCCAUUCAUACAGUGAAGGCAGCCUGGAUCUGUCAGCGAGGUUUCCCAGCAUGCACCUUGCAGAGCCUGAACGUAUGCUGUUUUGUGCGUGAAUGUGUUGGUACCUGUGUGAUGUUUGUCUGCAUGUCCGUUCGGCCAAGAAAAACAAGAUCAGGAAGUGCCAUAGCUAGUGCAUGACUGAGGCUGUUUCUUUCUGGCCUGUUUGUGACUGAAGUUUCUUUCUAGUUCAAAGGUUCAUCGAUAUUUACACUAUGAUAUGAUUACGCUAUGAGUUAACAUUACCCAGUUUUCUUCAGAUUUAGCGCCGGUUAAAUGAAUGAGUUAGGUAAGGAUGGAUUCACAGAUUGUCUUUCCUAGGCCGUUAACCCUGCGCGGGAGAGACUGGGUCUUAGGCGAGCAGCAUGUGUGUUUGCAUCACAAAGAAGCUGCCAAAAUCACUGCUCUUCAUUCGAGUUUCAUUAAUGCGCAGGAACGACGAUCUCAAGGCGAUUCCCUGCAGUGCUUCUUCUCUUUAACAUGAAAGGUUCUUCAUUUCCAGGAGGAACCAAAGCUUUUUGCCCUGCACUCUGUACAUGAAACUAUGGGCAGGAGAAGGUGUGUGGGGACUGGUAGAUACCACUGUCCCUGCUCAAUGCUCAUACAACAAAGUAGAACAAUAUUCCGGGAGAACGGUACUCCU